AUGAGUGACAAUCGGGGUCGUGGACGUGGUGAUCGUGGCCGUGGUGAUCGUGGCCGUGGUGAUCGAGGUCGGGGUGAUCGAGGUCGGGGUGCCGAUCGAGGUCGCGGUCGCGGGGAAAGUCGCGGCGAUUUAGCCUUCCGCCCAGCCGGUAGAGGCGAUGGAAAUCGUGGAGAUUUCCGAGGUGAUUUCCGAGGCCGAGGUGGUGAUAGGGGUCGUGGCGACUUUAGAGGAGGUGAUCGAGGUCGUGGCCGAGGUGGUGAUUUCCGCGGUCGUGGUGAUUUUCGUGGUCGUGGUGAUUUCCGCGGCGGCCGUGGAGGACGUGGUGGUGCUACCAACUUUGGCCCGCCUAUCUUCAGACAAGGCGAACCUAUCCCACCUCCUAAUGCCACCGUCACCAAGACCGAAAAUGACCUUGCCAAAGCCCUUACUGUGAGCGGCCAGAAGACUCCCAGGCAGGCAAAAUAUCCCGAACGUCCUGGUUACGGCACAGCUGGCAGGCCAGUGACUUUGUAUGCAAACUACCUGCCGCUGACCCUGCCUAACAAGCAGCUGUUCCGCUAUCAUAUUUCCAUUGCGGCCGACUCUGCAGGCCGAUCUGCCCCUGUGGGCAAGAAGGCCCGACACAUUGUGCGUCUGCUGUUGGAGGAGCACUUCCCUCAGCAGAAGAACAGUAUUGCGUCGGACUUCCGGUCUACCCUAGUCUCGUGUGUCAAAUUGACCGAGGGGAAGUUCGAUGUGCGAUACAAAGAGCACGUGGAUGAUGACUACAUUGAUCCUCCCCGGGUGCACCAGGUUACCUGCCAGUAUACUGGUGAGGUCAAUCCUGCCGACUUGGUUAACUACCUGACCUCCACCAACGCCGGUGCCAUGCUUGAAUCCAAGUCUGAGAUUGUCGUCUCUGUCGGAGCCAACAGACAUUACAGUCUACGUCAGGAUACUAUGGAAUCAUUCAACCUUGGCGGUGGCCUAUCUGUCCUGCGUGGAUUCUUCGUCAGUGUGCGUGCCGCGACUGCUCGUGUGCUCUUGAACGUCCAGGUCAAAUAUCUGGCCUGUUAUAAUGAAGGACCGUUGGCCAAUGUGAUCCAAGGCUACAACAGCAGGAACAUUUAUCGUUUGGAGAAGUUCCUCAAGAGCCUACGCGUUCGCAUCACCCAUAUCACCCGCAAAAACAGUCGCGGCCAGCCCCGGCCUCGCAUCAGGCCUAUCUAUGGCUUUGCCAGCCGCGGUGAUGGUGGCUCGUCGCCCAACCCACCUAAGAUUAACUCCCACGGCGCUGGUCCCCAAGAUGUGCAAUUUUUCCUAGCCGAAUCUAGCCCUCAACCCGUCGCUGUGCGCAGUGCGCCCGAGUCCAAGGCUAAGAAGGGAAAGAAAGCGCCCAGGGCCGGUCCUGCGGAAGCAGGUCGCUACAUCACCGUUGCGGACUUCUUCAAAAAGGAAUACAACAUGACUUUGAAUGCAAACAACCCAGUGGUGAAUGUCGGGUCUCGUGACAGACCUGUCUAUGUCCCAGUUGAGGUCUGUGAAGUCGAGCCUGGCCAGCCAGCUAAAUCCAAGCUUUCUGGCGAUCAGACCGCCAGUAUGCUCCGCUUCGCCGUCAUGGGUCGAAAGCCGGGUCAGAACGCCCAGUCGAUUGUUACCAAGGGCGUGGGUGUGCUGGGACUUGGCGAGUCCCUGAAUGCCACUCUAUCUGCUUUCAGUGUUAACUCUUCCACUGAGUUGAUCACCGUCCCUGGGCGUGUUCUCCCCGCCCCAAAUGUCUACUACAAAGACGGGAACAAGACCAAGGAAAUCAGAACUCAAUUUGGCAGCUGGAACAUGCGCCAAAUUCAGUUCUCCAAGCCUGCGGUCAUGAAAUCCUGGACUUAUGUCUACAUUGAUCAUGCGGGCUCCCGCCCAGUUUUCCAAAGCCCAGAGCAGCUUGACAAGUCUCUGCAAAGUUUCAGAAAGACACUCAGGGAUAUGGGAAUGGCCGUGGACGCCCACAAGCCCGGAAAACGUGUUGUUCUGACCGGCAAGGACGACGCCAACAAUCUCCAGCAAGCCGUCCUCGAUCUGCAAAAACAGCACAACCCAGUCUUCAUCCUGGGUAUCCUCUACACUAAAGACACUGGCAUCUACAACUGCGUCAAGCAAGUCUGCGACGUCCGCUGCGGAAUCCGCAACGUGAACGUCCUCGCAGAAAAGCUCGUCAACUCCAACGACCAGUACAACGCCAAUGUCGGCCUGAAAAUCAACCUCAAAUUAGGUGGUGCCAACCAAGCCCUGCGCACCGCCGACCUCGGCAUAAUCUCCGAAGGCAAGACAAUGCUAGUCGGCAUCGACGUAACCCACCCGUCCCCAGGCUCCGCUAGCACAGCCCCCAGCGUGGCAGGUAUUGUCGCCUCCGUCGACGCAACCCUCGCCCAAUGGCCCGCCGAGAUCCGCGUCCAAGGCGCCCGCCAAGAAAUGGUCGCCGACCUAGAAACCCUCCUCGCCUCCCGUCUCCAGCACUGGCGAAAACUAAACAGAUCCCUCCCGGAGAACAUCAUCGUCUACCGCGACGGCGUCUCAGAGGGCCAAUACAACAAAGUCAUCGACGAGGAACUCCCCCUCCUUCAAGAAGCAUGCAAGAAAACCUACCCCGCAGACCAGACCAAGAAAGGCCUCCCGCGUCUGGCCAUCGUCGUCGUCGGAAAGCGCCACAACACCCGCUUCUACCCAACAACAGAACAGGACUCGAACCGCGAGAACCCAAUCCCCGGAACCGUCGUCGACCGCGGCGUCUCUGAGGCCCGAGACUGGGACUUCUUCCUACAGGCUCACUCCGCUCUCCAGGGUACUGCCCGUCCGGCGCACUACUUCACCGUCUGGGACGAGGUCUUCUACCCCCGUCACCCGGCUAGCAGCCCCGGCCCCGGCGCGGCUGAUGUCCUCCAAGACCUCACUCACAAGAUGUGUUACAUGUUCGGUCGUGCUACGAAGGCGGUUAGUGUCUGUCCGCCGGCGUACUAUGCGGAUCUGGUUUGUACACGUGCUCGAUGCUUCUUGAGUGAUCUAUUCGACCCCAUGUCGCUUGAUCCUUCUGGUGGUAGUACCAGUGGCACUGAGGGCACGGCGGAUAUGUCCCGUAUGGUGGAUGUCAAGAUCCAUCCUAAUAUUGCGGAGACUAUGUUCUACAUCUAG